UGGGGUCUGGGGAAAAAGUGUGCGCUAUUCGCCGCACCGAAGUUUGGCAUCGCCCUGUUUUGACAGCUAUUGUCAUACCGUGAAUUAUCUCGAAAAGGGUGAAGUAAAGAAAAAAAACAUCUUCGACACCGCUUGUCCAGUUGUCCACUUUUUGUGUUGGAUUUUUUGAGAGGAUUGGCACACUGAAAACGAUAAAAUUCUACACUAGAAAUGGCUGAUGCAGAGCUUGCUAAGGCCCUCAAAGACUUGCCGAACCGAGUUCUAAAUGUGCCCAUCGAGGAACGGCCGGAAUUGUUCCAAAAUGUGAUUGCGGUGAUGCCAAAUCCCGGUAUUAACGCCACGAUUGUGCGGGGAAUAUGCAAAGUGAUCGGGACAACACUCACCAAAUACAAGGAUCCAGAAUCGCAAACGCUCGUGAAAGAACUGUUGGUAGCGGUGUUGAAGCAGCAUCCCGAUCUAACGUACGAACACUUCAACGCCGUACUGAAGGCACUGCUGACGAAGGAUCUCGCCGGUGCGCCCCCGAUUAAAGCGGCCCAAGCAUCCGCCCUUGCCUUGGGAUGGGCCAAUCUGAUUGCGCUGCAUGCUGACCACGAGACGGCCGUCGGGAAGAAAGAGUUUCCAAAGCUGCUUGAAAUCCAGGCCGGACUAUAUCAGCUGUCCCUGACGUCGGGCAUACAGAAGAUAUCGGACAAAGCGUACAGCUUCGUGCGGGAAUUCUUCGCGAGCGAUGAAACCCUUGCACAGCGAUAUUUCAAUCGGCUGCUAGCGAUGGAACCGUCCAGUGGCGUUACUGUGAUGCUCUGUACGAUUGUUCGCUAUAUGCACCAGGAGCACGGUACGAUGGAGCUGCUUGAUCAGCACAAGACCAAGCUGCUGGAUCACCUGGUGAAGGGUUUGAUAACGGUGAAGACGAAACCACACGCCAGUGAUAUCGUCGCAUGCUCCAUACUGCUAAAAGCCAUAACGAAGGAUGAACUGCGUACGAUCGUUGUGCCGGCACUGCAACGAUCGAUGCUACGAUCGGCUGAAGUCAUUCUCCGUGCCGUUGGUGCAAUAGUGAACGAAAUGGAGCAGGACGUGAGUGAUUACGCGCUGGAUCUUGGCAAACCGUUGGUGCAGAAUUUGGCCUCGAAGGAGGAGACGGUGCGUCAGGAAGCGGUAGAAUCGCUCAAGCAGGUUGCGUUGAAAUGUGGUACCGCUAGUGCAAUCGAAACAUUGCUCAAGGAAGUGUUUGCCGUGCUGAACGGAUCGGGGGGAAAGAUUACCGUAGCAGAGUUGCGGAUAAAUUUACUUCAGGGUGCUGGCAACUUAAGUUACAACACAAUUCCACCGCAGAAAGUACAAACCAUUCUGCCCGCUGUUUGUGACCACUUUUCGAAGGUAAUCGAGGCGGAAAUACAGGAGAAAGUUAUUUGCCAUGCGCUGGAAAUGUUUGGCCUGUGGACGGUAAACCAUCGGGGCGAGAUACCAAACAAAAUUGUUCAACUGUUCAAGAAGGGUUUGGACGCGAAAGCGCAACCAAUUCGUACCAGUUACUUGCAGUGGUUCCUUUCCUGUCUGUACGAUGGCAAGUUGCCGAAUGGGAUCGAUUUCACCAUCACGCUUUCGAAGAUCGUUGAACGGGCAGCUCAAAGUCCAACACAAACGCCCGUCGUUUCGGAGGGUGUCGGUGCCGCUUGUAUUCUACUGCUAACGAAUUCCAGUGUGUCUGAGAAUCUGAAGGACUUUUGGAACAUAAUGCUCGAUACGGGCAAAUCACCGUUCCUGAGCGACAGAUUCCUUUCGACAACAAAUGCCGAAACGCGCUGCUACGUGAUGGUCAUCUGUGAGCAGCUGCUUAUCAAGCAUCGGAACGAACUGAAGGGAAAUGGUCCGAUUGAUCCGCUGAUUCAUGCAGCGGUCAUUUGCGUAAUGUCCCCGCAGGCAAAGGUUCGUCGAUACUGUUUGCCACUGGUGACAAAGAUCGUGAACAGCGAGGAAGGAGUAUCUGUGGCGAAAUGUUUACUAGCGGAACUGACACGUUAUGUGGAAAGCACAAAGAUACUCAACGAGGGCGAACCGGCUGAUGAGGGUGUACCGCCAGCCCAAGCACUAGUGGAUGCCGUUAGCACCGUGUGCAGUUUGGAAAAGGUAGCCAAUCCGGACGCACAAUCGAUAGCACUGAGCGCGCUGCUUUGCUCCCAUCAUCCAGCGGCCGUAUCCGUACGAGGCGAUCUUUGGGAAAGCAUUUUGGAGCGUUACGGACUGUACGGGAAGCAGUUUAUUGCGCUUAAUACGGCCCAAAUUGAAGAGGUAUUUUUCAACGAGUACAAACCGACGGCCAUGUACGAGAAUACGCUCGCGACCCUAUCACGCAUCAGUCCGGAACUGAUUCUUUCGGUGCUGGUAAAGAACGUGACGGAUCAGUUGAACAAUUCGCGCAUGUCAAACGUAACGGAUGAGGAGUACUUUACGUAUCUCACACCGGACGGGGAGCUGUACGACAAGAGUGUGAUACCGAGUACGGAAGAACAGAUACAAACCGCUCAUCUGAAGCGCGAAAAUAAGGCGUACAGCUACAAAGAACAGCUGGAAGAGUUGCAGCUGCGCCGCGAGUUGGAAGAGAAACGGCGCAAAGAAGGCAAAUGGAAACCACCGCAACUGACACCGAAGCAAAAGGAGGUGAUCGACAAGCAGCGCGACAAGGAGAACGCCAUCAAGGCUCGUCUGCAGGCACUGCACGAUACCAUCACCAUGCUCAUAUCGCAGAUCGAGGGAGCGGCCAAAGGUACGCCGAAACAAUUGCCACUGUUUUUCCCCGCCCUGCUGCCUUCGAUACUGCGCGUUUUUUCCUCACCGCUCGCUGCACCGGCUAUGGUGAAAUUAUACUACCGCCUGAAGGACAUCUGUUUCGGUGAGGAUCGUGUGGAGUUGGGACGCGACAUAGCAAUUGCUACGAUUCGUUUAAGCAAGCCGCACUGCGAUCUGGAGGAAAGCUGGUGCACGGCUAAUCUGGUGGAUCUGGUGAGCGAUAUUCUGGUGGCGCUGUACGACGAAACGAUCGAUAUGUACAACGUGCAUCGGGAGGAGGAGGCAAGCAAACGCUACCUGCUAGAUGCGCCAGCCUUUAGCUAUACGUUCGAGUUCCUUAAGCGAGCGCUUACACUGCCCGAAGCGAAGAACGAUGAAAGCUUACUGAUUAACGGCGUGCAGAUCAUUGCAUACCAUGCACAGCUCAAGGGAGACACGGUGGAUGGAAAGGACCUUGGGGACGUUUACCAUCCGCUUUAUAUGCCACGGUUGGAGAUGAUUCGUCUGCUGUUACGAUUAAUCCAACAGCACAGAGGACGCGUACAAACGCAGACCGUGGCCGCACUGCUCGAUGUGGCCGAAAGCUGCUCCGGUCGGGAGUACACAACCCGGGCAGAUCAGCGUGAGAUCGAAGCGCUGCUGGUAGCACUGCAGGAAGAGCUGGAUGUAGUACGCGACGUAGCGUUGCGUGCUCUAGCAAUCAUGAUCGAUGUGCUUCCCUCGAUUGCGGACGAUUACGAGUUUGGUUUGCGAUUAACACGCCGUCUGUGGGUAGCGAAGCACGAUCUUUCACCGGACAUUAAGCUGCUAGCGACGGGUAUUUGGCAGGACGGAGGUUACGAAGUACCGAUCGUGAUGGCGGAUGAGCUGAUGAAGGAUAUCAUACACCCGGAGCUGUGUGUGCAAAAGGCAGCUGCAGCUGCGCUUGUGUCGAUUCUUGUCGAGGAUUCAUCCACCAUCGAAGGUGUUGUGGAGCAAUUGCUUGAGAUCUAUCGCGAGAAGGUGGUAAUGAUACCGGCAAAACUCGAUCAGUUCGAUCGCGAAGUGGAACCAGCCAUCGAUCCGUGGGGGCCGCGACGUGGUGUUGCAAUAACGCUCGGCAGUAUAUCUCCCUUCCUAACGCCCGACCUUGUGAAGAGUGUGAUUCAGUUCAUGGUACGAUCGGGGCUGCGCGAUCGUCAGGAGAUCGUGCAUAAGGAAAUGCUUGCGGCAUCGCUGGCAAUCGUGGAUCAUCAUGGAAAGGAUAGCGUCACAUAUCUGCUGCCUACAUUCGAAUACUUCCUCGACAAGGCACCGAGCAAGGGAGCAUAUGAUAACAUUCGCCAGGCGGUUGUAAUAUUGAUGGGUUCGCUUGCGCGCCAUUUGGACCGUGAGGAUGAGCGCAUCCAGCCGAUAAUCGAUCGUUUACUAGCCGCACUCGAAACACCCUCCCAGCAGGUGCAGGAAGCGGUGGCAAACUGUAUCCCGCAUUUGAUACCCUCGGUGAAGGAUAAGGCACCGGACAUAGUGAAGAAACUGCUGCAGCAGUUGGUUAAGUCGGAAAAGUAUGGUGUACGACGCGGAGCCGCUUACGGUAUUGCCGGUGUGGUUAAGGGACUUGGUAUCCUUUCGCUAAAGCAGCUGGACAUUAUGACGAAGCUGACGCACUACAUCCAGGACAAGAAGAACUACAAGUCACGCGAGGGCGCACUGUUUGCGUUCGAAAUGCUGUGCAGCACGCUCGGGCGAUUGUUUGAGCCGUACAUCGUCCAUGUGUUGCCCCAUUUGUUGCAAUGCUUCGGUGAUUCAUCGGUGUACGUUCGACAGGCAGCAGACGAGUGUGCCAAAACGGUGAUGGCGAAGCUGUCGGCGCACGGUGUGAAGCUCGUACUGCCCUCGUUGCUGAACGCGCUCGAUGAGGAUUCGUGGCGCACAAAAACGGCAUCAGUGGAGCUGCUCGGGUCUAUGGCGUUCUGUGCACCGAAACAGCUUUCCUCCUGCCUACCAAGCAUUGUGCCGAAGCUGAUGGAGGUUCUGGGCGAUUCGCACAUCAAGGUACAGGAGGCUGGUGCUAAUGCCCUUCGAGUAAUCGGUAGCGUUAUUAAGAAUCCCGAGAUUCAGGCUAUUGUACCGGUGUUGCUAACGGCGCUGGAGGACCCGUCGAGCAAAACCUCUGCCUGUUUGCAAUCGCUACUCGAGACGAAGUUUGUCCACUUUAUCGAUGCACCAUCGUUGGCUCUUAUUAUGCCGGUAGUACAGCGCGCCUUUAUGGAUCGUUCGACCGAGACGCGUAAGAUGGCGGCUCAGAUUAUCGGUAACAUGUAUUCGCUCACUGACCAGAAAGAUCUAACACCCUACCUGCCGAACAUUAUACCCGGUCUGAAGACAUCGCUGCUCGAUCCCGUCCCGGAGGUUCGUGGUGUUUCCGCCCGCGCCCUCGGUGCAAUGGUGCGCGGAAUGGGUGAAUCAUCGUUCGAAGAUCUAUUGCCGUGGUUGAUGCAAACGCUCACAUCUGAAUCGAGCAGUGUCGAUCGAUCUGGAGCUGCCCAGGGCUUAUCGGAGGUGGUGGGCGGUUUGGGUGUGGAGAAGCUACACAAGUUAAUGCCGGAAAUUAUCGCUACGGCCGAACGGACGGACAUUGCACCGCACGUGAAGGACGGUUACAUUAUGAUGUUCAUCUACAUGCCAUCAGCGUUCCCGAAUGAUUUCACACCGUACAUUGGACAAAUCAUCAAUCCGAUUCUGAAGGCACUGGCCGACGAGAAUGAGUACGUGCGCGAUACGGCACUGAAGGCGGGUCAGCGUAUCGUGAAUCUGUACGCCGAGUCAGCCAUUACGCUGUUGCUGCCAGAGUUGGAAAAGGGCCUGUUUGAUGACAACUGGCGUAUCCGGUACAGCUCGGUGCAGCUGCUGGGCGAUCUGUUGUACAAGAUUUCCGGCGUAUCGGGCAAGAUGACGACGCAGACGGCUUCAGAGGACGAUAACUUCGGUACCGAGCAGAGCCACAAAGCCAUCAUCCGCAGUCUUGGCGCCGAUCGACGUAACCGUGUGCUUGCGGGAUUGUAUAUGGGACGUAGUGACGUAUCGCUUAUGGUACGGCAAGCGGCGUUGCACGUGUGGAAGGUAGUUGUCACGAAUACGCCACGAACGUUGCGUGAGAUCUUGCCCACGCUGUUCUCACUGUUGCUCGGUUGUUUGGCCAGCACGAGCUACGACAAGCGACAAGUGGCCGCACGUACAUUGGGUGAUUUGGUGCGUAAGCUAGGCGAGCGAGUACUGCCGGAGAUCAUACCAAUUCUAGAGCGCGGACUUAGCUCGGACCAAGCGGAUCAGCGACAGGGUGUGUGCAUUGGACUGUCGGAAAUUAUGGCAUCAACGUCCCGGGACAUGGUGCUAACGUUCGUGAACAGUCUUGUGCCAACUGUACGCAAAGCGCUGGCCGAUCCAUUGCCCGAGGUACGUCACGCUGCGGCGAAAACGUUCGAUUCACUCCACACGACAGUGGGUGCAAGAGCACUCGAGGACAUUCUUCCCUCCAUGUUGGAGAGUCUUGCCGAUCCGGACCCGGAUGUAGCGGAAUGGACAUUGGAUGGACUACGGCAGGUGAUGGCGAUCAAGUCGCGUGUCGUGUUACCCUACCUGAUUCCGCAACUGACAGCAAAACCGGUCAAUACGAAGGCACUCUCAAUUUUAGCAUCCGUAGCUGGAGAGGCACUUACGAAGUAUCUGCCGAAGAUUCUGCCUGCACUGCUAGCCGCGUUGGCCGCUGCCCAGGGAACUCCGGAGGAAGUCCAAGAACUGGAGUACUGCCAGGCAGUCAUUUUGUCCGUCAGUGACGAGGUGGGCAUUCGUACGAUCAUGGACACGGUGAUGGAGUCGACCAAGUCUGAAAUACCCGAGACACGCCGUGCUGCAGCAACGCUACUGUGCGCCUUCUGUACACACUCGCCGGGCGAUUACUCGCAGUACGUACCACAACUAUUGCGUGGACUGUUGUGGCUGCUUGCCGAUGGCGAUCGGGAAGUUCUGCAGCGAUCCUGGGAUGCGUUGAAUGCCGUCACGAAAACGCUGGAUUCGGCGCAACAGAUCGCGCACGUAACCGACGUACGACAGGCGGUCAAGUUUGCCAGCAGCGAUUUGCCGAAGGGCGGCGAACUUCCUGGGUUCUGUCUGCCGAAAGGUAUCACCCCGCUGCUGCCCGUUUUUCGCGAAGCCAUUCUGAACGGCUUGCCGGAGGAGAAGGAAAAUGCGGCCCAGGGGCUGGGCGAGGUGAUCAAGCUAACCUCACCGGCAUCACUGCAACCGUCGGUAGUCCACAUCACCGGUCCUCUGAUUCGUAUCCUUGGCGAUCGGUUCAAUGCGGGCGUUAAGGCGGCUGUGCUGGAAACACUCGCCAUUCUGCUGCACAAGGUUGGCAUCAUGCUGAAACAGUUCUUGCCCCAGCUCCAGACCACCUUCCUAAAGGCACUGCACGAUCCAAGCCGCACGGUGCGCAUCAAGGCAGGGCAUGCACUGGCCGAACUGAUCGUCAUUCACACCCGGCCCGAUCCGCUGUUCAUCGAGAUGCACAACGGUAUCAAAAAUGCGGACGACUCGGCAGUGCGCGAGACUAUGUUGCAAGCGUUGCGUGGUAUCGUGACACCGGCCGGAGACAAGAUGACGGAGCCGUUGCGCAAACAGAUCUACACGACGCUCGCUGGAAUGUUGUCACAUCCGGAGGAUGUAAGCCGUACGGCGGCUGCCGGUUGCUUUGGUGCAUUGUGCCGCUGGUUAACACCGGAGCAGGUGGACGAUACGCUCUCGGGUCACAUGCUGAACGAAGACUACGGAGACGAUGGUACGCUUCGUCACGGACGUACUGCGGCACUGUUCGUUGCGCUUAAGGAACAUCCCGCCGGUAUUGUAACCACCAAGUAUGAGUCGAAGAUUUGCAAAGUAAUUACAGGCGCCCUGGUGUCGGAUAAGAUUUCCGUCGCCAUGAACGGGGUGCGAGCCGGUGGCUAUCUGUUGCAGUACGGCAUGACGGACAGUACGGCCAAACUGUCGACGGCGGUCAUCGUACCGUUUGUUAAAUCGAUGAAUCACAGCAGCAACGAGGUGAAGCAGCUGCUCGCCAAAACCUGCACCUAUCUGGCGCGUGUCGUUCCCGCGGAACGAAUCGCACCCGAAUAUCUGAAGCUCGCCAUUCCGAUGCUGGUCAACGGAACGAAGGAAAAGAACGGCUACGUACGGUCCAACUCGGAGAUUGCACUGGUGCAUGUGCUGCGGUUGCGGGACGGUGAGGAAUUCCACCAGCGCUGCAUCACACUGCUAGAACCGGGCGCACGGGAAUCGCUCAGCGAGGUCGUUAGUAAGGUGCUGCGGAAGGUUGCCCUGCAGGCUGUCGGCAAGGAGGAGGAACUGGACGACACAAUUCUCACGUGAUCAGCGAUCGGCAGUGGAAGCGAUGGAGUAGAAGAUGUAACGAGCAUCAGGGAGAAUGGAUUGUGGUGGCAAUUACAACGACGACGAGCACGAUCGUGCGAUGCGCACGGUUGGAGGUUAGUGACGGUGAAGAACCUGCCGGUAGCGAUUUUUAGCCCCACCAUCCACAGUCAGUGGCAUCAUCAUAAUAUACGUUUUGUAUUGUCGCAACUAGUAUCACUAUUACUAUUACCAUUACUACUGCUACUAAACCUGUCGUACAAUAUCAAACCCGGAGAAUAAAUACAUACAAACUGUGCGUAA